GUGCUCUGAGCAGCGGGUUCACGACGACCUGCCCAGCACCUCCGUGGUGAUGUGCUUUGUGGAUGAGGUGUGGUCCACCCUGCUCCGCUCCGUCCACAGCGUCCUCAGCAGGUCUCCCCCGCGCCUCAUCGAGGAGCUCAUUUUGGUGGACGACUUCAGCAGUAAAGAGUACCUCAAGGAGAAGCUGGACAGAUACAUGUCACGGUUCCCAAAAGUGAAGAUCCUGCAUCUCAAGGAGAGGCACGGUCUGAUCCGGGCCAGGCUGGCGGGAGCAGAGAUUGCCAAAGGGGCUGUCCUGACGUUCCUGGACUCCCACGUGGAGUGCAACGUGGGGUGGCUGGAGCCGCUGCUGGAGAGGGUCCGGCUGAGCCGCACCAAGGUCGCCUGCCCCGUCAUCGAGGUCAUCAGCGACAAGGACAUGAGUUACAUGACCGUGGACAACUUUCAGCGUGGGAUUUUUACUUGGCCAAUGAAUUUUGGAUGGAGGCAGAUUCCACAAGAGGUUAUUGAGAAAAAUAAAAUCAAGGAAACUGAUAUAAUAAGGUGCCCAGUCAUGGCAGGUGGCCUGUUUUCCAUCGACAAGAAGUAUUUUUUUGAGCUGGGAACAUAUGACCCAGGACUGGAUGUUUGGGGAGGUGAAAAUAUGGAGAUUUCCUUCAAGGUCUGGAUGUGUGGAGGAGAGAUUGAGAUAGUCCCGUGCUCCAGAGUUGGGCACAUCUUCAGGAACGACAACCCCUACUCCUUCCCGAGGGACAGGGUGAGGACGGUGGAGAGGAACCUGGCCCGUGUGGCAGAGGUCUGGCUGGACGAGUACAAGGACUUAUUCUACGGCCACGCUUACCACUUAGUGCUGAAAAACCUGGAUGUUGGUGACCUGACUCAACAAAUCCAGCUGCGGAAGAAGCUGCAGUGCAAAAGUUUCCGGUGGUACCUGGAGAACGUCUACCCAGACCUGGAAGCUCCCCUGGUUAAGGCCAGCGGGCUGCUUGUGAACGUGGCUGUGGCAAGAUGCAUCACCGUGGACAACAGCACUCUGACUCUGGAGACGUGUGAUGUGAACAACGAG